AUGUCUAGUCAUUCACCUAUCCCCGCCAUCACCAUUAAUGGCGUGGACCUCUCAAAGGUCUAUGAGAAAUCCUCAAUCACAGACGAUACUCGGAGCCAGAAAGCCACCAGAGAUAGGCUCUACUAUGGCCCCGAUACAGACACAACAGAUGGAGAUGAUCUGGCCAAGGCAUUUGGAAACUGCACUUUUACUGGCACGGAAAAGUCAGGAGAAGAGUCUCAGACAUACGAAUUAUCUUUAAAGGUUUGUAUGCUUCUUUCACAGAACAUCUGA